AUGUUGAAUUUAACAUAUCUACAGAUGGAAAGCAAAUUAAAAGCAGAAGAAUCAAAUAAUGCUACAAUGAGGGAAUUUGCUCUCGUGGGGUUUUCUGAUACACCCAAUCUUCAGUGGAUUCUCUUUGGGAUAUUUUUAGUCAUAUAUCUGAUUAUUUUGUUAGGCAAUAGCAUCAUAAUACUUUUAACAAGAACUGACCCAACACUCCAGAACCCCAUGUAUUUUUUCCUUGGUAAUUUUUCCUUCUUGGAAAUCUGUUACGUAACAACUACUAUCCCAAGAAUGCUCAGGGACAUUUGGACCAAGAAAGGGAAUAUUUCUUUUGUGGCCUGUGCUACGCAAAUGUGUUUCGUUCUUAUCUUUGGAGGCACAGAGUGUUUGCUCCUGACAGUGAUGGCCUAUGACCGCUACGUAGCCAUUUGUAACCCACUGCACUAUCCUCUCGUCAUGAACCACAAGGUCUGUAUCCAGCUGUUGGCUGGCUCCUGGGUUAGUGGAAUUCCAUUUGAAAUUGGGCAAACAUGCCAGAUUUUCUCUUUGUCUUUUUGUGGGUCUAAUAUAAUUAAUGAUUUCUUCUGUGACAUCCCUCCAAUACUCAAGCUUGCCUGUGGGGACACAUUUGUGAAUGAGAUGUUGGUCUACAUAGUGGCUGUGGUGUUUUUCAUGGUUCCAUUUCUUUUGAUCAUCACCUCCUAUGGCAAAAUUAUCUCCAGUGUUUUGAAAUUAUCAUCAGCCAGAGGGAGAGCCAAAGCCUUCUCCACCUGUUCUUCUCACCUGACAGUUAUAAUCUUAUUCUAUGAAACAGCUGCUAUCACUUAUUUUCAGCCCAAGUCAAAUAAAUCUGAAGGAUUGGCAAAGCUGCUUGCUCUUUUCUACACCAUUUUGACACCAAUGAUGAAUCCUAUAAUAUAUAGUCUGAGGAAUAAAGAUGUCAUGAUGGCGCUCAAGAAAUUGCUACCUAAAUGUUCAUUAUGUAAUCACAUGCAUGUAAAAAUAUAA